AUGGCCAGCAACAACUUGGCACUACCGUCAACCGCGCAACCGCCAAUGGAUGAAGAUGAGGAUUCGAGACAGACUGCGGAAAUCGGAUGUCUGCUGAUGGCGAUGCAGCAACCUCCAGCUCGAGCUCCAGCUGCUGCCCCCAAGAAAGCCACACCGCGGGGAAGUGACAGGGCUGGGCGACAGCUGAGAGAGCUGAACCCUCAGCAGAUGCCAGAAUUCAGCGUCGCAGGGUCUCCCCGGGAACAUCACGUGACCUCGUCCCCGGCAACUCCAGCGUCCAACAACCGCCAAAACAACAUCGGCCGAUCAUCUGGAGAACGCGUCCAGAAGCAUUAUCGUCACAGAUCCGGCGCCAUGAGGUCGCACACCCCAUCUGGCGAUCCUCCAGGCAGGCGCGGCUCAGUAACCAACCGUUUUCGCUCCAGCGUCGGCGGGAGCGCACUCCCUAGACCUCACACCUCCCUCAGAGAGUCCAGAACCUUCCGCGCAACACAACCGACCUACAACCUCUUCACCGGUGGCGAUGCCAAUAGCAGACCCGGGUCCCGUGCAAGCCUGGUCCCCGAAUCCGUUCGCGCAUCCUCUCACGAGAGCUCUAAAGAAAACAUGGCGCCCCCAGACGCGGCCGAGUAUGAAUCACAGCGACAGGUGAUCGAGGAGCUGAAAGCGGAGCUGGGCACCCUUCGCUACACAAUCAGCACGUUUGAGCAGGAAAAGCAGAUGGCUGAAGCCCGACACAAUGCCGAGCUUGAGGAUCAACGCCGACGUGCCCAGGCCGACUUCACGGCGAAACAGGCCGUCGAGAGCGAGAAAUCGCAAGCCAUGCGACAACUGGAGAACACACAAAAGGAACUGAGCGACCUGCGAGACAACAUCGCGCAAGAAAAGACAAGUCUCGAGAAGCGCGCGCGCGACGCCGAAGAGGAGGCCCGUUUGCUACAGGAACAAUUGGAAGAUUUGUCGAGCGCCAAGGACGAGGCGGCCCGUAUCAAUGAGAAAAAGACGAUCGACCUCGAGAUGCAGUUGCAGGCCGCGCAAAAGUCGACACAAGAACUAGAACAAGAGUCACAGGCCCGCGAGGCUGCCCUUCAACAGGUCCAGGCUCAACUAGCCGAGAAAGACAACCAGGUGGGCAACCUUGAGGCGGAAGUGUUGCGCCUCAAAGCCCAAACAGGAGAUGCCGAUACCAUGGCCAUCAUCAAGCGUGAGCUGUCAGAGCAGGUGGCGCAUAUCCGCAACCUGGAAGCGACCAACCGCGAGCAGCUCUCAGAGCUGAAGCACCUGCGCCAAAUUCAUCGGGCCGUCGAGGUCGUUGAAGAGGAGAAGCGAUCCCUUCAGCGUAAGCUCGAAGCCGCCCAGUUCCUCGAGACCGAAUUGGCAGAGGCGCACAUCCAACGCCAGCGUCUUGAGGACGAGCGUCUCGCAUGGACGGGCUACCUUGCCAGUACCGGCACCGAUCUUGAGUUCGACUCACCCGAAGCUGUCGCCCGCGCUCUCGUCGAGCAACGCUACGAGACCGCUUCUCAACUCGACAAAGUUGGCUCGCUGCAGGCUGAGCUGGCUGCGCAAGAGUCUGCUGUGAAGUCACUUCAGGAGGAAAACGCCACACUAAAGUCACAGCUCAACGAGGCGCGAUCCGUUGCGACGACCCAGAAUGUCGACAAGACGCGACUCAGGACUGAGCGUCAGCGCGUGCUCGCGGUGAAGGAGGUCGAAUAUCUCCGUGCCCAGCUCAAGACGUUCGAUGCAGAAGACGAAGCCUUCCAGCCUGAAGCCGUCGACGAAACCCGAGCGCGCCGCAUCCAGGAGCUCGAGGACCUGGUGGACAAGUACAGAUCAGAGGUACAGGCCCUGCACGCCGAGAUGUCCUCCAUCGAGGCCGGCAAGCCCGCCCAACCCGCACCGGCCGUCGCUGGCACCAAACGCCCGCGCGACGAGAACGACGAUGCCCUGCAGGAGCAGCUCGGCCUCCUCAACCGCAAGAACCGCAAACUCCAGGACCAGCUCUCGGCGGUCCAGACACAGCACGCCAUCACCCAGAAGGAACUCUCCGUCGUGCAGGAGCAGCUCAAGGCGCUGAAGACGCAAUCCAAGACGCGCAUCCUCUCCCUGCGCUCCAACCCGACGUCCGACUUCGAGGCUAUCAAGAUGUCCAAGCUCAAGGCCCUGGAGCAGGAGAACGCCGACCUCCUCGCCCAGAUCGAGGGCAACCCCACUGUGGACCUUGUCCCGCGCACGCAGCUCGACGCCGCAAACCGCCUGGUGGAGGAAGCUCGCGCCGAGACCGCGUCCGCCCAGAAAUCAGCCAAGCGACUCAAGGAGGUGUGGUCCAAGAAGUCGCUCGAGUUCAAGGAGGCCAUCUUUAGCACCCUCGGGUGGACCGUCAUGUUCAUGCCCAACGGCAAGAUGCGCGUCGAGUCGACGUUUUACCCGUCCCAGACGGACGAGUACGAGAACUCGAUUGUGUUUGACGGCGAAAAGGGCACGAUGAAGGUCGGCGGCGGGCCCAAGAGCGCGUUUGCGCGCCGCAUAUCCGACCAGAUCGGCUUCUGGGUGCGCGAGAAGGGGUGCAUUCCCGGCUUCCUCGCUGCGCUGACGCUCGAGUUUUAUGAAGAGUACUCGCGGAACCAGAUGCAGACCGAGUAA